CGGGGGCGAUGAGCGCGCUUCCCUCCGCCCUGAGACUGACCUCCUGCUGCUGCUGCUGCUGCUGGCUCCUGCUGACUUGCCUCGUCGUCUUCCUGAUACCUGCGCCCUGCACCAGCGACACGCCGCAGCGGAUAGCAAGCCGGACUCGAGAACGCUCGGCAGGUGAUGAUAACGCGGCGCUGUACGUGCCCAGCUACCUCGACGACGACGCCGAGGUCUACGAGGACGAGCAGAUAUCCACCGGCAAUGGCGACCUCGAAGAGGACUGGUCCGAUAGAAAUAUUACCGCGGAAAAAGGACGGUACUUGGGCUCGCCUUGCGACGUCGUGUGCAAUCCCGAGCUACAGCACGUGUUCUGUGAUUCAAUCACUGGCCUCUGCGAGUGCGAAAAGUUCUACCCCGUUCGUCUCGGGCCUACCAAGGGAUGUGCCAAACCCAAAAAACUCGGAGAACAGUGCUUCUAUCGUGCGACAUGUACUUUUGCGGAUCAACAUUCGACGUGCACGCAGAUUCAACACAAUGCAGUAUGCGAUUGCGAAGAGGGAUAUCACAGGGUUGCUCUGUCUAGGCCUAACAAGAAGGUUUUCUGCGCGGAAGAUCUGGUGCUGAUAACUACGGACCUUCCGACCCUACUCUGCAUAGCAUCGGGGAUAGCCAUCUUUACGGCGAUGAUAUGCUUCGUGCUCAAACUAUUCAGCCGGGCGAGGUAUUCAAGGCCGCGACAUUACGCCAAUGCCAAUCAUGCGCCACCCAUGCUGUUUUCCACUGACACGGGCAUACCGCUGCACGGACGGCCGUCGUCGCGAUUGAGCGAGCGGAGCGGCAGCGCCGGGCCUCUCAGCUGCGCGUUCACCAGGAGGCCGAGCAGCGGCGGCAGCCGCGGACCCCUGGUACCAGCGUCCAGAGCAGGUGCGGCACGGGCCGCCGCUAUCUUGCUUAUAUCGUGUCACCUGCAGGCGACUAAGGACGGCAACAAGCACCGACGUACCCUUAGUGACGUGGCCGAGGGAUCGACCGACGGCCUCGGUUCCCGUCGUCCUAGCUUAGCGUCGAUUCACAGUUCGACAUCCUCGUCUCGUAGCUACAGCGCGCGGCGACUCGAGAAGGAGAGGAACGACAAAGAGCAGCGCCAGGUGCUGCAGGAGCUCCGGCUGGCGAAGCGGGAUCCAGUGCAGCAACAGCAGCAACAGGUGGUACCGACGCCCAGUCCCAGGACCCCCCAUUCCACAGACGAGUUGUUGCCUUCGGUCGAAGAGGGAAAGGAGGUCUUUUACAACGAGCAGGUACCAACGACGUCAGACGUAUCAGACACCAUCCCAAUAGCGACGACCAUGACGAUGAUAACGACGACGACGUUAACAACGGCGAUAACCACUUCCAACGCAAGCACAACCCAAAUGGGCGAGACCGCGCCUAUGGCAACGCCAGCGGCCAUUUUCGGCACGAGUGUUGCGCCACGGGCUUCCGAUGACAUUUUUCAAGUGUAGUCUUCAUCAAGUACAAUGACGUCAAGUGACAAAGACGAUGGACUCUCGCUUUAUUAACGACCUUUUUAUUGUAUUUGCAAGAAUCAACUGUAACAGCGUCAAGACGGAGGUGCAUACGUAAAAGACGCGGGGACGCACUUGCGAUAAAAUACGAAACUCUAAUUAUAUCAAUAGAUAUAAAUGCACAAAUAUCGAGAAUAAGCUAAAUCCGUAUUUUGUCCGUGUUAAAACGUCGGCUAGUGACAAAUGACGUAUAGAAACCAUUUUUACCUAGAUCUAUUUGUAUUUCUAGUUUAUCUCGAGACACGUAAGUGCGAAUUUAGGAUAUAUUAUAUAUUUAUUUCUCUCUUCAAUUCAGAGUACUAUAAUUCACAUAUAGAAAUGCAUGACCAAAAUGAUUAUAUGUAUUUGACUCAACUUAAUUUAACUUGAUGCUUAAUUAUAGAAUUUAAGAUUGAUUCUUUUCUGUUUCUUCUAUAUUGGAAGUGGAUGUUUCAUAACUGCCUUUAUAACACGGACGAAAUACUAAUGCAGAUACAGGGCACUUUCUGGAUGAAUGUACUUGGGCACAAGUGUACUUAACGAAUUAGAAAAGGUGGCGACAUAACAUAUUUUUACUCGGUACUUGCACAGAUAGGAAUUUACGAAUGCGGCUGGAAAAGUGCAAGGUUUAGUAACACAAUUCAGCAACGCAAUCAGCGCGAUGAUAGAAUAACAAGUCCUUUUGGAUGUCUUGAUAGGUACAAACAAAAAAAAAUAUUGGAAGCACUUACAUCUACGUGAGUACGAGAGAAGAAAAACUUACGCUUAAUGUGCAAGAAUUCGAAGCUGGUGACAGAAUAUUCCGAAAUAAUUUGAGUAAAGAGCGUUUCAAUGCUUUGAAAUAAUCGAACUGAGAAAUCAUAAAUAUUCGUUGAAGAAAUUAAUUAAUCUGAUAACCAAUAUAAUACAAUUUUUAAUUGUACAAAUGUGUAAUCUUGCGAAAGGAUUGUUUUUAGAUAUCAACUAUACCGGAACAAUAGCGAUUCACGAGAAAAAUUCAAUCAAUUAUUUCGAUUAAAAUGGUAUAAUUUACAUAUCAAAGUAUAUCAGUAUAUAAUUACAUAUCAGAAUAUGAUGAAAGCAUUGAUUCACUUGACAAUAUUACUAUAAAGACAUGCAUCAUAAAAUUCUCUUUUUAUAAUUCUCAUGAUACGAAUAUAAUCGUACUUCAUUCGAACAACAAUAAGGAUUUUAUCAGUUCAUCGAGAUAAAUGAUAAGGAUUUCAAGUGCAUCCAGGCAAAUUGCAUUGUAACAUAAAAGUUUCGACCGAAUCCCUCAUUUCGAUGACAAUAUAUCUGUUCAAUAAUUACAAGUAAUCGUCAUACGAUUGUUUGUUUAAGUUAAAUCACAUGAAAUUCAUAUGUGCGAGCACGUCAGAAUGCGAUUACAUAUCAGCAGGUCCUAAGACACUAUUCCGGUUCGACUUCAAUCGGACGAAAUCAUCGUAUCGUACUAAACGUCUUAAGGAAAAGUCACGACACGAUAGGAAAACUAUUUGAGAGACAAUCUCGAGUAGAUCGAGGCUAAAUAUACUUCUCUGUCCUUACGUGAAGCGAUGGAAAGACGUAAUCUCCUGCCCGGACUUAACAAAACGAUAAUGCGAUUGUAAAAGCCGUGAGAAUUAACGCCGCAUUGCUGCUAUUGCAGUCCAAUUACCUCGCUUCGCUAAUUGGGAUGGUGUGCAAUACCGGGCGACGAUUCUUUUUCCCUCCCAACGCAGACAUUUCGUUAACUUGAUUUUAGGCGUGAGACCAAAAAAGGAUGACCUAUUCAUUCGUCAAAUAUGUACCUAUACACAAUGCGACUACCUUUUAUACCUUUAGACAAGCGCAGCAAAAUACCUAUAUAUGUAGAUAUUAUCAUAUAUUGUAGCAAAUUUGUUGCAAUUAAGCCACCACUCUUUAUUCGUUUAUACCAUUUAACGGUCAUUUUACGAACGAGGCGAGAAAUUCAAUUGUGCGAACAUCUAUUUUUGUUAUUACUUGAAAAUUGAUUUAAUUAAAUAAUCACAUUUCCGUACGAGGCACAUUAUACGAUAUUUUGUAUAUCAAAGCGAUAGAAAAAUUAUGUUUCCAAGAUGACUCACAACGUUCAAAAAUUUGUUUGGCAACUCGAUAAAACGAUGAAUAAACUUGCCAUUGCGUUUACGUCAUAUCCCGCGAUCAUUUGCAGACAUUAAUCGUAAGUUUAGGAUAACCAACCAAUUCAUUUUAACAUCACGAGCCUUCGAAAUGCAAUCUCUGGUUACUAGAAAACUCGCGUAAAAUAUGAAACGUAAUAAUAUGAAAUCAAUAAGAGACGUUAUGUAUCAUAUACACGGUCACACGUUCGUAAUAAAGAUUUGCGGAAAAUCGGAGACGCGUCAGAGAGAGGCGUAAAUCUUAAUACCAUAGCGAAAACGUAUAUCAACAUUCUCGUGUUCGGAUAAUUUACGCUGCCUUUCCCGACUAAAUAAUCAAUGGAAAAACAAAGAUGAGCAAAAAGCAUCGAGAGAUAUUCUUAAACGCUGCAUAGGCAUACAUACGUACUUACACGCAAAAUUCAUGUACACGUGACACAGAAUUAAGAUUAUCUUAUACGUAUUGUGUUCGACAACGAUCGCACCUGGUUAUUAGGCUCGGUUGCAGUCGAUUGAUCUAUUACCAUUAAGGGAAGGAGACGAAGAGAAGAUAUUAACUUAUAUCACAUAACACAGCCCGCAUUUCUCCGAGUUAUACUCAAUACUCGACACUUGCCUGAUUUGUAAAACUCUAUGUACAACGUUAUCGUUUUAUCCCGGUUUUAAAUGUUUACUGUAUCAUAAGAUUGUAAUAUAGUCGUUGGGCCAAAUAAAGCUCGUUUUUUUCGACAUAAGCACA